GUGACGUCAGCGAGAGCCGCCAUCUUGGCAGAGCACCUUCUCGCUGCCUCCUGCGGAUAGCUGUAGCAAGCUAAAGGGGUAUAGCGGACUAAGGCGCAGGGUAGCUCGGCCUCAUGAGCUCUGCUCGGGGCGGCAGAUAGCCCUCCCCUAUCCCUGCUGUGCACAUAGAGCCCCGCUGCUGUCCGUUGUAAUCCUGCCGUAUCAUGACCACUCUUACCCAGCGCAGCUCCGGGCUGGUGCAGCGGCGCACGGAGGCCUCCCGGAAUGACAGGGAGAGAGCAGCUGAGGGGGAGGAUGAGGACAAGGGCCAUGAGGAGCAGGACGAGGACGAGAGGGCCGGGGACAAGGAGGCCAGGCUUACCCUGAUGGAGGAAGUGUUGCUGUUGGGGCUGAAGGACAGGGAGGGAUAUACAUCAUUUUGGAAUGAUUGCAUUUCUGCUGGCUUACGUGGUUGUAUGUUAAUUGAACUGGCAUUUAGGGGCAGAAUUACUCUUGAAGCUGUUGGUAUGAGACGCAAAAGUCUACUCUCAAGAAAGGUAAUUUGUAAAUCUGACGCCCCAACGGGAGAUGUUAUGCUUGAUGAAGCCUUAAAGCAUAUAAAGGAAACCCCAGCUCCAGAGACUGUACAAAGUUGGAUUGAACUCCUCAGUGGAGAGACAUGGAAUCCAUUGAAACUACACUACCAGUUAAGAAAUGUGCGUGAACGUUUAGCUAAAAACCUUGUAGAAAAGGGUGUUUUGACAACAGAAAAGCAAAACUUUCUUCUCUUUGACAUGACCACACAUCCUCUCACCAAUAAUAAUAUCAAGCAGCGUCUCAUCAAGAAAGUACAGGAAGCAGUUCUUGACAAAUGGGUGAAAGAUCCUCAUCGUAUGGACAAACGUUUGCUGGCCCUUAUCUACCUAGCCCAUUCUUCCGACGUCAUUGAGAAUGCAUUUGCUCCCCUUUUGGAUGAUCAAUACGACUUGGCCAUGAAGAGAGUGCGGCAACUGCUUGAUCUAGACCCAGAAGUUGAGUGUACAAAGGCAAAUGCUAAUGAAAUCCUUUGGGCCGUGGUAGCUACCUUUACCAAGUAAAUACAGUGGACUGGAGUGCUCAUUUUAUGUAAAUCCAGUUGUUUCUGCUUGAUAUUUUUGGUAAUUUGUAUCUUUUUUGCUUAUUUUUUAAUCAGCUCAGAGGACAUUAAUUUGUGUCUGUAUGCAGGAUGCUGCUGGUACGAAAAAACCUUCCUGUUGAAAGAGAAGUUUUUAUUGCCAUAUUGGCAUUCCAUUACUCCUUAACUUGUAAACUUGUAUUCUAGCUAUUGAAGGGUUUAUUUUCUUUAGCUGGUAGCAAGGCACAUUUAUCCAUAGCUUGAUGAGCUUGCCUCAAGUGCUUGUGCAGCAGUUAGGAUUUGCAGACUUUUUCAGAGAGAACGUUACAAAAAAAAAAGGCCUUUGAAUCACCAAAGUUUAUAACUGCUUUUUCCUGUCUACAUUACUUUUUACAGUCUCCAGUCAAUGCUUGUUAUAGCAAUUUUAAUAAUUGUGUUUUUUGUUUUGUUUUUUAAAGCUGCUCAUUAUUUGCUUCUUGUUUCUGUAUAGUCCAUAUACACUUCAACUAACUAAUUUUAAAUGUUAACAAUAGUAUAGUGUUGAAAGAUCCUAUGGUGUUUGAAAGCCAUCUUGGGAUGAUGAACAUUCCAUUAAAUGUAAAUAGUAUCUGUUGUAUAGUAAUAAUCAUUUUCUCUCCUUGCAAAGUUAUUUGAGACUUUUCAGUUGCACCCUAUAUUAGAUUCAACAAGUCCAUAAUGUUUAGAUCCCAACUUAAGAUAUCAUGAAAUGUCAUUCACUUAUAAAUGCUUUCAAACAUGAGCUGUUCAGCCAUUUUGUAUUUGUGGGUUUUUGUUUGUCUUAGUUUUUAUGUACUAAUAAGUUAUUUUUCCAGGCCUGUCUUUGUCUGUUUAGCCUCGGACGCAAUCGCACCUAUGAGAUGUUGCAUGCAUAUGUUGGCAAGUAAUAACCAGCUCAAACAAUUACAAAGUUUCUAUAAAACACUAAACUGAGAUUUCAUUUUUAUAUAUAAAAUUAUGCAGAUUAUCACUGUUUGAUCUUGUGGACAAUUCAUGUUUUUCUUCUAUAUUGCUGCUUGUCACUCUAUUUUUGUUCAAUUUAUUCUGUAUAUAGCUUAUAUAAAUCAUCCAGAUGAGUGUCAGAAGGUCUUGAGCACAUUUAAGUCAUUUUGCAGGGCCAUACAGCACAAGAAGGGAUGAUGGUGGAACUUUAUAGACAAAGCACUAACAUUUUUUUUUUUUUCUUCGAAUACAGAGAGCAAAAAUGUUGAGUAACUCUUUGCAAUGAUCAGAUUCCCUCAUAUCUGUAUACUAGCUUUUUAUUAUAAGUAAAUAAAUGAUGAUCUUUAAAGUGCCUGAAAUAA